CAUUUUCGCGGUAUAGAAUAAAGGGAAGAGAAAAAGAGGGGUGAGAAGAAAGGAGAAUAGCAAAUGAGAAAGAUGGUACUAUACUGGGUGUGGGCAGUUUAGAGGAAGCACCAACGAGUGAGUUGAUUCUCCCUCUCUUUGCUUCACUUUGGAUGUUCGACCACCGCGGUGUUUGGUCAUAUUGCUAGCUUGUAAGGGACAGAAAUACAUGAAGUUGUAUUGGUAAGAGUGAGAUGAUGCUAUGAGACGACGACAACGACAACGAAGACGGCAUCGCGAGUCCGCGGAAAGCCGGUGGACGCCGGCUGUACUGGCACAGUUGAGCGUUGCGAUCCAUCGCGUAUACAUCGUUGUAAAAAAAAAUUAAUUAAUCAUUUUUUUUCUGCCAAAUAUUUGCAAUAAUUCAUUGAAAUUAUUUGUGUAUUAUUUAAGAUUAUAUUCAAGCAAUGAAAUGGUCAUUUUAAAAUAGAAAAUGUUAAAAUAGAGAUUAAGAUUUGUAAAAUUUUUGAGGAAAAUAAGAAAAACAUUUUGUCACCGUGAUUUGCCAAUACAAAAGCAUCGAAUGUGUGGUUGUAUAUUUAAAGAAAAAAAAAAUAUAAAAUACAGAGGAGAGAGACAAAUGGAAUUUUUAAAAUUUUGAGUGAGAGAAAGAGAGAGAUAGAGAGACGACUACAAACGUGACCGCGACGACUCUCUUAAAACUUGCAACCAGCAACAUUGGCAAAGCCUCAGUCGAGGUCGAACCACCAUACUGUGAAGCUACGUGGGCUCCGAUAAGCUACACUCUAAAUCUUUUUGAAAAAAAUACAGUUUGUGCAAGUGUUUAUUAUAUUUUAAAAAUAUAAAUUAAAUAAACAAUUUUAAAUUAAUUAUUAUUUUAUAUUUAAUUGCGAUAUAAAUAAUUUAAAAUUAAACAUUUAAAAAUACGUAAUAUACAAUUUUUAUUUUAUUUUUAUUUUCAAAAAAAAAAAAAAAAAGAGAAUUAUUUAUCUGCGUAACACGCAUUCCAUUGUGUUUAAAACUUCAAAGUGAAAAGACAGUGCCAAAGAUUUUUAGUGACCAUUUGAAAAAGAAAAAAAUAAAUUAAAAAUCAUUUGACGUGGUGUUUUCGGAGUAUUAUUUGUGAAUUAUAUUUCAACAAAAAAAAAUAAAUGUGUUUGUGAGUGAUAUCGCUAAAAAACAAUUAAUCAAAAAUAAAAAAAAUAAUCAUUAAAUUUCUGGAUAGCUUUGAUUUAAAAAAGCCAAAAAUUUCGAAAAAAAAUUAAAUUUAAAAUUAAAAUCGUUUGAACGUUGUGAGGGUAAAACCCCGAGUGUGUAAAAGUUUAAAUAAAAUUUUUAUUCUCGUUGAGUAUAAAAUAUUUUACUCCCCCUCAAACCAUCCAUAAAGAAAGAAAGAGAUGAAAAUAAAUUUUUGUGGUGGGAGUUGUGUUUCAUUCAUAAAAAAGUCACUUUAUUAUUUCUGAGCGCAUGUGCUAUACCAACGAUUCUCAACCCACUUUGUUACCAUCAUCGAGUUUGUAUACACUCACUUUCGGUGCUCCAGUUAUCAUAAACACGAGGAUUUUAACUGUUUUUUUUUUAUUAUUAUCAUUGCUAUUACUACGACGACUACUACCCUUGUCUCUCCUUGAUAAUUGAUAUAUCAAAUUAAUAAUUUAUUUGAUAACAAGAAGAACAACAACAACAAACAACAACUCAGUUAUUGUUAUUAAACAUAAAAUUAAUUGAGACAAUAGUUGUAAUAAAAAAAUCAAAAUAGAUUUACGUGGGUAUAUCAAUACGUCGGAGGACGACUAUAACGAUCCUCAAAAUUUAACACUAAAAUAUACAAAAAUGCGUGGUGAAACAGGACGUGCUGGUAAACGACCAUUGCGUUCGUUAACAGCAAUUGAAAAAAUAAGUGCAAUAAGACGUGUACAUGAGGGUGAAAGUAAAGCAUCAGUUGCACGUGAUUUAAGUGUACCAGAAUCAACAUUACGUGGUUGGUGUAAAUCAGAACAUAAAAUACGUAGUAUGGCUAGAAAUUCAUCAACACCAGAUAGCAAUGAAGCACAUUCACCAUUAUCAUCAUCUGGUAUUAUUAAUAAUAAUAAUAAUUUAUUAAUAAAUACAUCAUUACAUGGUAAUCAUUCAAGUGAAGAUGAAGGACAAUCAUCAAAACGUUUAAAAAUUGAUACAUCAUCAUCAAUACAUUCAACAACAUCAACAACUGGUUAUUAUACAAAUGAAAAUUUAGAAAAUGAAUUAACACGUUUAUCUGAUCCAUCAAAAAUUGAUUAUUUAUCAUUAAUGACUAGUAUGGCUGCAAUGAGACCAGAAAAUAAUGCAUUAUUAUUACAACAUUUGGGUUUAUUAGGUGGUAAUAAUGUUGGACCAUUAGCUAAAAGUUUAUUAAAUUUACCAGCUGCUAUGCCACAUUCAAGUACUGUUGGUCUUGUUGAAAAUGGUUUACAAUAUACCAAAUCAAAUGUUAAUAUUAACAUCAAUAAUAAUCACAUUAAUAAUACCAACAAUAAUCAUCAUAUCAAUAGUAGUAGUAAUAACAUCAACAACAACAACAACAACAAACGUCAUAGUACAUCAGCAAUAACACCAACACAAUCAUACACACGUAAAAGUUCACCACCAGCUGCUGAAAUACCACUAACACCUGAUCCAGCAUCACCAAGAAAAACAAGUGAUUUACAAACUCAUCAUAAUCAUUUACAAAAUAAUAAUAUUCAUAGUUAUAAUAAUAACAACAACAACAAUAGUAUGAAUUAUCUUUAUAAUAGCAACAACAAUAGUAGUAUAAGUAGCCAAAAUUAUCAUCAACAAAACAAUCAACAUCGUGAUGUUAAAAAAAAUAAUAGCAGUGCACAAAUACCAUCAUUGAAUAAUAAUAAAAAAAUUGAUGAAGCAUUAUGGCUUUGGUUGUCAUCACAAAAAGGUGCAGCAAAUUUUAAUCAACAAGAUGGAGUUUAUGCUUCAUGGUUUUGGCAAUGGUACAAGCAAGGACAGGGUUCAACAAUGCCAGUUGAUCAACAACAACAACAACAACAGUCUCAGCAGGCUCAACAGUCACAACAACAAUUGAUGAAUGGUAAAAAAUCACCAAGUAAAACACGUGCAUUACUUGACAGUGUAUUAUGUAAUAAUAAUAGCAACAACAAUAAUACCAACAACAAUGACAGUGUUAAAAAGCUGAUGAAUGGUGUGUUUGAUGUAUUUAUUGAUGAUAGUCAAGUUGUAAAUGAUGCUGGUAUUGGUGCACCACAAACAGCAGCAUUACCAUUAACAGCAACAUCAUCUUCUUCAUCAUCAGUACAAUCAACAACAACAACAUCAACAACAACAUCAGUUAUUAGCAGUGAAGAAGCUAUUGAACAUGGUGAAAAAUUUUUCAAAUGGCUCAACAAGUGUAGUGAUCCAGCAGUUAGUAGAUUACAAAUAAUUCAAUUAAAAUAUUUAUUGGAUAAUUUAAAAACAGGUAAAAAAAAACCAACUCAUUUGAAACAAAGACGAAAGUAAAUUAAUUAGUUUUUUUUUUUUUUUUAAUUUUAUCAUGAAUAAUUUAUUUAAAAAUAUUAUUAAAUUAUUUCGUUUUUUUUUUUUUUUUACUUAAAAUUCUCGUGUCAUUUUGUAUAUAAAAAAAAUAAUAUACCAAAUUUGUGUAUAAAAAAUUAUUAUCUAGUUGAAUUUUAAGUUGUAAAAAAAAAAAAAAAAAAGUCAUACUUCAAUGUAGAGAUUAAUAGUUGAAAAAAAAAAAAAAAAUUGCAUUUAAUUUUCAAUCGAUAAUCAAUAGAUGGAAAAUUGUUAUUUUUUUUUUUUCAUCAAUUUUCGUUCUGGUUGUCAUCCAGGCGAUUGUACAUGACCAAAUGUUUCAACAAAAAAUAAUAAAAAAAAUAAAAAAAAAAAAUAAUUGUAAUAAUUAAAAAAAAUAAUAGUCAUAAUAGUCGUAAAUAAUAACAAUAAUAAUAAUUAUCAUUUGAAGUCAAUCGAUCAGUUAACCAGUGCGAAGCUUCAUAUCAAUAGUUGAUAGAAAAAAAAAAAAUUAAAAUAAUCAGAAAAAAAAAUUGUUUCGAGCUUUGAUCAUUUUUUUUUUGUAUUUAUUAUUUGAAAGAGAAGUAAUGGGUUGAUGGAUAACAAGUCUCAAUUGUUGUGAGAUAUUAUUAGAAAAUAAUUAGAUUAAGAAUAUGAAAACUUACCAAU